AGAUUAGUGAUUCUCCUUCUACUCUUCUGAACCCUUACAUUUGUUUAUUUCUAAAGCCUCUUGAAUGUCAUUGAUGUCAUUGCAGCUUCACCUUUGACAUGUUUGAAGGAUCACCCUGGAAAGGGUGAAAAACUCACCUUACCCCUCAGUGGCACAUUUUCUUUUUCUGUGUGGAUGGAGUUGUUGGCUGCAACAACAGAUACACUUGGUUGUGUAUUGCUCUUAGACACUCAAGUCACUUCUUGUGGUGCAACUGUGAAAGGUUUGACGCCAAGAAUCGCACAACUCUGAGCGGGUUCCACCUAGUUGUGCGUUUCAUUUGGUAACAUAACACUUACCUAAUAAGUUCGAGGAUUCACCACAAAUGACAUGAUAUGAUCCAUGCUACCAUUGGCGACACUUGCAGGGGCGAAUGCUUUUACACCAACUGAAACGGGCUAGAAGCCCCACUUUCUUAUAAUGUCGUCGGUCAAUCACACGGCAUCCCCAAUCGUUGGAUUUGUGCCUUAAAUUAACAAGGCGUUGGAUUUGUGCCUCAAAUUAACAGGGCAACCUAUCAUAAUGUUAUAGGAUGUCACAUUAGUUAGAAACUUAAUUGAAUUUUCAUGUUGUAACUAUCGAAUUUGAAUUUUAAGGCAAAUGAGAGAAGUG